CCAUUCAAUAAUGGAGCCGGGCUGUGAUCGACCGCCCGAGAAGAGGCCGCGGCUGGACGCCCGGGAAAAAAGGGCGGCGGGUCCCGAGAGGCCGGGGGCGGACCGCGAGGCUGCGGAGAGGCCGGGGGCGGACCGCGAGGCUGCGGAGAGGCCGGGGGCGGACCGCGAGGCCCGGAAAUGGCAGGACGGCGUUUACUUCAACUCUUACUCGGACGCGUCCAUUCACGAGGAGAUGAUCGCGGACACGGUGCGGACCGGCUCGUACCGCCGGGCGCUCCAAGGCGCCGGGCUACUGCGCGGCCUGGCCGUGCUGGACGUGGGCGCGGGCACAGGCAUCCUCAGCGCGUUCUGCGCGCAGGCCGGCGCGGCGCGCGUCUACGCCAGCGAGGCGUGCGCUGUGAUGGCGGAGCGGGCGCGCGAGGUGGUGGCGGCCAACGGACUGGGCGGGCGCGUGCUCGUGCUGCAGGGGCGCGUGGAGGAGGCGGCGCUGCCCGAGCGCGUGGACGCCAUCGUCAGCGAGUGGAUGGGCUACGGCCUGAUGUACGAGUCGAUGCUCCGCAGUGUGCUGCACGCCCGGGACCGCUGGCUUAAACCCGGCGGCCUGCUCUUCCCCUGCCGCGCCGAGCUCUACGUGGCCCCGGUGACCGACUCGGCCCUGCAGGAGCGCCUGUCCUUCUGGGCCGGCGUCAAGGAGCUCCACGGCGUCGACAUGGCCUGUAUGGCCACCUUCGCCCGCCGUUGCCUCAUGAACGACGAGAUAGCGGUGGGUGCCCUGCACGGCGAGGACGUCCUGGGCCGGCCCUGCAUGUUUGCUGCCAUCGACCUGUACACUGUCACCCAGCAAGAACUCAGCGAAAUAGGCGGCUCCUUCACCAUCACCUCCUUCGGUAUUGCCACCAUGCACGCCUUUGCCUUCUGGUUUAACGUUAUUUUCCCCACUUCUCCCCCAGCAAGGGAAGUUGGCGGUGGCCUCAGUGCAGACACCACCUGUGCUGGUGACCAUAGUGCUCCUGAUGCUGGGAGUCAAAGUGUACCAGGUCCACAUGCAGAUAAUCAUACCGAUACCUUUGCAAACAAUGAGUGUCAGGCAUCUAGUACUAAUUCCCCUGCAGACAGUGCUAAUGCCAGCAGCCAACAUGUGUUUACAACCAAAAUUGAUAACCCCCAUUCACUGAAUGUCGAUGCAGCUGACCACAAGACAGUUGAUGUUAAUGAGUUGGAGCCAGUUGUCUUGUCAACUUCUCCCUUUGCAGAGGAAACCCAUUGGAAACAAUCUAUUCUUUAUCUAGAUGAACCUGUUGAAGUAUUCCAGGACACUGUGUUAAAAGGGAAGAUAACUUUAGCUCCAGCAGAAGAUAAUCCAAGAUAUCUCCGUAUAUAUUUGACUUAUGAGAUUGGAGAUGGAGGGAAAAGAACAAAAAUAUUCAAAAUGGGGGAGGAUUUCCCUCCUUUUGAAUGAUACAUUUGAGAAUGUGUAUGUGGACUCUUCAAGUGACUGGGCAUCUUUCCAUGCUUUGGUUUCUAAAUACUUUCCCUAGUGCUUUGAAAAAUUCAUUGUCUCAGUGUAGAAAAACCACAAUGAGAGCUAACAGGAGAAGCAGUGAGUCAGGAGAAAAUAGAUUUUUUCCAAGUAUCUGGCCUGUGGAAUUGAAAACAAUGUACAAAAACAAACUAAUUUUGAAAUUAGGUGGGGAUUGAUGGCAGGGAAUGAAAACGUGUUUCUGAUUAAAUUGUUUUUCAUGCAUACUGUC